AUGGACAGUUCCAGCGAUGAGUUCCAAGAGGACAAUGAUCCUUCAAAUGAAUUUGAGACGAAGCUUCAAGAAUCUUAUCAGUUCCACAAAGAAUCAAAUUCAAGGCCAAUAUCUUCAUCUUCUUCGAAUAGACCGCAAACCGCUUCUAGACAUCGAGAUGACCCUGACCCAAGAGUAGCAGUCUUCAUAAUACCUCCAUUUCAAGUCUAUUCAAAGAUCGCAAACCAUUUGACAGCUCAAGGUAUUCCUAAAUCUGAAGUGGUCUCAGCUUUAGGUGAGUUUUCAACACUUGAGAAGUUUCGAAAUGGCUUUUCCACAUUGGGACUUGAAUUGACUGAGGAUGAAAUCUUAUGCUCUGCUUGAUUGAAUUGAUAAAAUUUAAUAAGUCUAGGCAAAAAUUUUAAAAUUUGAAAUAGUAUAUUGGAUUUAGUUGAAUUAAAUGGCUGGAGAAUAGUUUUAUUCAGAGAUAAUGGCAUCUCUAAGAACGGGAUCUUGAGGAUAAGUGAAAUAUAUUCCAAAAUUAUCAACGAAGUAAAAGAAGAGGAAGAAGACACUUCUCAUCAUUCUCAAGAUAACAACCCUGAUCAAUUAAGAAGAGAAGCUGAAAAGCUACUACAAGCUACUCAGCCAAAACUCGCAAAGAAACUUAACUCCCACUCCGUGGACGAGCAAAACCAUUAGAAAAUCCUAGGGAAAAAAAUUCUGUGGGAGAGACUUUUGUAAAAUAAAAUUUAUGAUAAUUAUAUACUGAUUUUAUUCAAUUUUAAACAACUUGCACUCUAAAACAUAAAUUUAUAAAAUAAAUUAAUUUUAACUUUAUAAUUCAAAAAAUAAUCCACUUAGAAAGAGAUAAGGGUUCCUAUCUUACAGAGGGGAGUAAGCAAAAAAGCGAUCGAUCUUUAAAAAGACCUGUUUCUGGGGCUAUAAGAUCACAUGGCUCCAGUGCCAAAUCAUUCAGACCUGUCAGUGCUUACGAAGGAUCCAAGCUUUCUCAAACUAAACCAGACAGGGUUAUUUUUAAGAAAAACUACCUUCAAGAAACAAAGUCCAAACAAAAAGAAGCAGAAAAAGAACUAGCCUUAACUGUUGAUAAAUGCAAACGAGAAUUUGAAUACGAAAGUCUGCACAAAAUGGGUGAGGCAAAUGAAAUUGCCCAGUCCAUGGGUUUACCAACAAUAUAUAGAGCAAUAAAAAAAGAAGAUGGGACAACCAAAUGUCAUAUUUAUCAUAACGACCAAUUUGUUGAAGAAAUCACUCUUGAUAACUUUCUAAGAGAGUGGAGAAGGCUGAAAAGAAAGCAAAAACCUGCCAUUAACAUGCAACCCCAAGCAGCUGCUAUAACUACCCAGCCAUCAGUAAGUGAAAAUCUAAUGAAGUCUACUCAGCAGCCUUCUGCAAAAGUAAAUAAAAAAGAGCGCCAAGAAGAGCUUAAAAAACUUUUAUUGGAAACCAAGGAGCUCACAAAUAAGCUGAAAGAGCAACUGAAGAUACUUGAGAAAAAAGGGAUUGUGUCGAAAUCAAUGCAUUCGUCGGUAGCAGGCUUCUCAUCAUCUUUAAUAUAA